UCCAUCAUCAGGGUGAAGCGGUGUCACGAUGUCGGGACCGGGACCGGGACCGGAGCGCGCGGAUGCGCACUGACCCGCAGCGUCGCAUCACAUCGCUUGUUGCCACAUUCGGACUCGUUGUUUCCUCUCGAGUCUCCUCUUCCUCCUCCUCCUCUUCCUCCCCAUCCUCUUCCUCCCCAUCCUCUUCCUCCUCCUCCUCCUCCUCUUCCUCCUCCUCCUCCUCCUCCUCACCUGCCGGAGUCGCGCCGGGCAGCCGGACGCCCAUGGAGGGGUGCAGCCGUCGCGAUGCUGUGCUCCAGGAGAACUAAAACUUUGGUGUCGACGUGCGUGAUCCUGAGCGGCAUGACCAACAUCGUGUGCCUGCUGUACGUCGGCUGGAUCACCAACUACGUGGCGCACGGCGGACACAAAGUUGCGGAGGGCGGCGGCGGCGGCGGCGGCGGCGGCGAGGCGGACCGAAAGUCGGAGGAGGACGCGCGGGGCGAGACGCUGCGGAUCGUGGAGCGACUGGAGCGACUGGAGAGCGUCGUCAACGAGCACAUCAGAGAGACGCCGCUGAAGGACGGUGAAGACGCCGCCUCUUCGUCAGACCUGGCCUCCGACCCCGCCUUCUCCCUCUUCAAGCACUGGGGUCACGACCUGGGCCCCGAGAGUCGAAGGGUCGCCCUCAAGAAGUUCCGUUACUAUGGCUACAACGGCUACCUCAGCGACCGCAUCUCCCUCACCCGGCCGAUCCCAGAUUUACGACCGGAUGGGUGCAGAAACCUGUCGUACUCAUCGGACCUUCCUCAGCUCAGCAUCAUCUUCAUCUUCGUCAACGAGGCCCUGUCGGUGCUGCUGCGUUCCGUCCACACAGCCAUCCAGCGGACUCCAUCCCACCUGCUCAAAGAGAUCAUACUGGUGGAUGACCACAGCAGCAGCUUGGAGCUGAAGGAGCACCUGCAGAGCUUCGUGGACGAGACCAACACCCAGCACGGCCCAGAGUUCAUCAAGGUGGUCCACCACGACAAGCAGGAGGGGCUCAUCAGGUCCAGGGUCAGGGGCUGGAGGGCCGCCUCGGCCCCCGUGGUCGCCCUGUUCGACGCACACGUGGAGUUCAGCAUCGGAUGGGCGGAGCCUAUCUUGCAGAGGAUAAAGGAGGACCGCACCCGCGUGGUGUCGCCCUCGUUCGACAACAUCAAGUACGACACGUUCGAGAUCGAGGAGUACCCGCUGUCGGCGCAGGGCUUCGACUGGGAGCUGUGGUGCCGCUACCUCAACCCGCCAAAGUCCUGGUGGAUGCAACGCAACCACACGGCGCCGAUAAGGAGCCCUGCUCUGAUUGGCUGCUUCGUGGUGGACAGGAAGUACUUCGAGGAGAUCGGCCUGCUCGACGAGGGCAUGGAGAUUUACGGCGGAGAGAACGUGGAGCUCGGCAUCCGGGUGUGGCAGUGCGGCGGCAGCGUGGAGGUCCUGCCCUGCGCGCGGAUCGCCCACAUUGAGCGCGCCCACAAGCCCUACACCGAGAACCUGACGGUGCACGUGCGUCGCAACGCGCUGAGGGCCGCCGAGGUCUGGAUGGACCAGUACAAGAGUCACGUCUACAUGGCCUGGAACGUUCCGCUGCAGAACUCGGGGAUAGACAUCGGGGACAUUUCUGAGCGAAAGGCGCUGAGGUCCAGACUCCACUGUCGACCGUUCAGCUGGUUCCUCUCCAACAUCUACCCCGAGCUGCGCUCCUACAGCAACACCGUCGCGUACGGAGUGUUGAAGAACAGCCUGAGAGACGACCUGUGUUUGGACCAGGGACCUGACACCGACAACGUUCCCAUCAUGUACCUCUGUCACGGGAUGACACCGCAGCAGAACGUCUACUUCAGCAGCUCCCAGCAGCUCCACCUCGGCGUGCUGAGCCCGACCAUCGACGACGACGACAACAAGUGUCUGGUGGACGUGAACGGCCGACCCAGGCUGCUGGAAUGCAGCUACGCCGCCGCCAAGCACAUGAGGCUCACCUGGACGUUCACGCAGGGCGGCUCCAUCCAGAACACGGACUCUCAGCGCUGUCUGGAGCUGGCGGAGAGCCGACAGUCCGAGUUGGCCUUCCAGCUGGCCAUCCAGGACUGCAGCGGCCAGAGGUGGACCAUCACCAACGUCCUGACCGUCCUGCCGCAGUGAGCUCCUGGAGCCCCCUUCCGUUUGUGAUGGACUUCAAGCGAGGAGCUCCGCCGCCGCUUCCAACCAAAAAGGAAACAUCCAUCCCCCCCCCCCCCAACCGACCCCGACCUGAUCCUCCACCGUCACGGAGUUCAGGUGCACGUGAAGAGAGUGGAGUUAGAAGCGUCCGGAGAAUAAGAGCUCUCGGCACCGGAGCAUCAGUUACCCAAUAACCGUUUCAUGCCCGAGAGAGGAGACACUCACGACGUCGCGCUCUCAAUCUCAAAGAAACCAGAAAUACAAGGUCCUGAUCACCAGGACAAACCGAGGGAGCGCGUUCGUCCGCAGAUGGAGAAACGCGAGGCUUCACGAACCAAAGUCUCCGACAGAUUUGUCACUUUUUCUUCCGUUACCUGACUCGGAGCGAAGGCGAGAACAGAUGCUGUCGAUUUCAACCUCAGGGUCAUAAAACUGUUGUGAAGUGUAACGGAGAGAAUAACCUCAGAAACACGCCGCACGCGUCCUUUGGUCAUUUGAUCCGAAGCAGAGACGACGGCCGCGUCGGGCGUCGUCGCCAUAUUUGCAGGAUCAGAGACGAAACGGGAUUUAUCGGGGGGGGGGGGGGGUGUUAACUUCCUAUGAGCUCUUAUAACUUGACGCAGCAUUUAUCUAUUUUAAUCAAUAGUGGAGCAGAAGAGUGACAAUGAUGGAACAGGAUUUUAGAAGUGAAGUGAAGCUUUGAAAUAUGAAAAAUUAUGAGCUUUGAAAUAAGAAAUUAUGAACUGAAACUGAACUGAAACCGAGCUCAAGAAUUCUGACCCUACAUUUUUUGAGAUUCUGUUUAUUCAUUUCAAUGUUGACUUGUAUUCUUUGUACAUUCAUCCAAAAUGUUUCCGGCAGUGGAGAGAACUAAAUCUAUUUUUAUUAGUUUUGGAAGAAAUAACUAAACUGUCAGAUACGGUAUGCAGCCGGACAAUAUAAAAAAAACAAAUCAACCAGUUAUGAAUCCAAAGACGAGCUCAGUCUCUGAGCUCAUUUCUGUCCACGCCGACAACACGCGUCACGUGUGCGUGUAAACAGGAGGAGGCGUGGCUUGUUUGCAGAAAAGACGACGAAUGCGGAACGAAAAUGUCGAGGAGAAACAGUUGCCGACAGGAAAGGCGAGAACCAAUCAGGAAGUGUCGUUUCCGAGCGUCUCCGUCACGGCCGUAUCUGUGUGGGCUUCUCUGAAAAAGGCAUUCUGGGAAAUAGAGCUCGUCACGCGUGAGUUGUGCAGCAUGAAUGAGUCCCAUUGACAGGAGCUGAUGGAACAGGUGGACGUUAUAUCAUCCGUAACAGAUGGGCGGUAACGUGGCAGUGGACACGAGCGUCCAGGAGGUGUGUGUGUGUGUGUGUGUGUGUGUGUGUGUGUGUGUGUGAGCCCUAUUAUUUCUGUUUUGUUCUGUAAAUUAUCAUUUUUCCCUAAAGCUCUGAAUCAUAAGUCGAACAGGUAUUUCUACAUGAAUAUCACAUCUGCAGCGGAAGCGUACCUUCGUCUCGUCGCCUCAUCAGAUUCAUCCCAGGAGGAAUGUUCUCACUGGCAAAAUAUACAGUAACUCCGUACAAACUGGGAUGUAUGUUUUAUCUAUGAGUGUAUUUAAACUCUUAGCCGAUUUGACACUUGCAUAUAUACAGUAUAUACGACGACUGCUUAGUCCUGGUGAGUUACACACUUUAUCAAAGCAGAAGUGCUGAGCGAUCAAUCUCCCGCUCAUUCCCGCUCAGAAAGAAAGAAAAAGCCCGGCCGUCAACAAUCUCUAUCAAUAAUUCAAAUCGAGAUGCAGGAUGAACCCAUCCAUUAUUGAUCGGAGCGUGAUGUGUUCGAACGGGCUCUGAGUGAGGUGCGGUGAUGGAGCGGUGGAAGAACUCCAACUGUGCGUCGCCUUCGUAUCGGCUACUGUGUAGCGUCCGUGAACCAAGACCUUCUGUUGACUCCUCUGGUCCUUUUCGUUCUGUUCUCAGGUUUAUAGGUCCUGAAGCUUUUCAAAAAGUAUCUCAAUUGUUGGGAAGCUGUAUAUAUAUAUAUAUAUAUAUAUAUGUAUAUAUAUAUAUAUAUAUAUAUAUAUAUAUAUAUAUCUCGAGUCCUGAAAAUGUCCAAGAUAUUUUAUUAAGUGUAUUUAAACUUGAUAUUUAUAUAAGUAUCAACAGUAAAAAAAUUAAGUUUUAAAAAAACAAUAAAGGAAGAAACUUUU